GGGGGGGUGACAGGAGAGUUUGGGAGCUGCAGGCCUGAAUGACCUUUCGGAUUUUGGCCGACACUCCCUCACUUUGUGGUGGGAGUCAUCUGUUAUGCAGGGAAGCUGCUCGCGCUGAGGGGGGGAGACAGCAGCAGCAAUAUGGCGACAACAGCAGUUUCUCCUCCGUCUCCUCCACAUCUGCAGUCCUGCAACGGCUCUCUGGAUUCUCUGUAACGCUUCCAAACUCCCACUUUUAUGAUCGGAAGGACUACAGGAUGAUGCGUCGCACAGCUUCAAUGAGGAGGCUAUAGCGAGCUAUUGUGGAUGGUACAAACCUAAAGACCAAGUAGCUGCAGGAUGAAAACAUGGCUGCACCCCUUCUUGCACCGCCAGGACCUGAUAGCUUCAAGAAGUUUACUGUGGAAUCUUUGGCGGCUAUUGAGCAGCGCAUCAAAGAGGAGAAGAACAAGAAGCCGCCCAAGCAGGACAGCAGCUACCGUGACGAUGAUGACGAAAACAAGCCCAAGCCCAACAGUGACCUGGAGGCUGGGAAGAGCCUGCCCUACAUUUAUGGGGACAUCCCUCAAGGAAUGGUGGCGGUGCCACUGGAGGACCUGGACCCAUUCUACCUAAAUAAUCAGAAAACAUUUAUAGUGCUGAAUAAAGGGAAGACAAUCUUCCGUUUUAGUGCCACACCUGCCUUGUACUUCAUAAGUCCUUUUAAUCCGGUUAGGCGAGUAGCUAUUAAAAUUUUGAUACAUUCGCUUUUCAGCAUGAUCAUUAUGUGUACUAUUUUGACCAACUGUAUAUUCAUGACCUUUAGUGAUCCUCCUGAGUGGUCAAAACAAGUAGAGUACACAUUCACAGGAAUUUAUACUUUUGAGUCGCUUGUAAAAAUCACGGCACGAGGUUUCUGUAUAGACGGGUUUACAUUCCUCAGAGAUCCAUGGAACUGGCUGGAUUUCAUGGUCAUUUCAAUGGCAUAUAUAACAGAGUUUGUGGACCUGGGCAAUGUAUCUGCGCUGAGAACGUUCAGAGUUCUCCGAGCAUUGAAAACUAUCUCUGUCAUUCCAGGACUGAAGACCAUUGUGGGUGCCCUGAUCCAGUCGGUGAAGAAGCUUUCAGAUGUGAUGAUACUGACAGUCUUCUGCCUGAGUGUCUUUGCCCUCAUUGGGCUCCAGCUUUUCAUGGGCAACUUGCGCCACAAAUGUGUAAUCUGGCCUAUCAACACCACAGAAACCUACCUGUCCAAUGGCAGCAAGGGAUUUGACUGGAAUGAGUACAUCAUGAACGAGACCAGUUUCUACUUUCUGCCUGGACAGGCAGAUGCCCUCCUUUGUGGAAACAGCUCUGACUCUGGCCGCUGCCCAGAGGGCUACACAUGCAUGAAAGCUGGGAGGAAUCCAAACUACGGCUACACUAGCUUUGACAGCUUCGGCUGGGCCUUCCUGGCUCUUUUCCGCCUCAUGACACAGGACUUCUGGGAAAACCUCUACAUGCUGACUCUAAGAGCUGCAGGGAAGACCUACAUGAUCUUUUUUGUGUUGGUGAUCUUUGUGGGCUCAUUCUACUUGGUGAAUCUGAUCUUGGCUGUGGUGGCCAUGGCCUACGAGGAGCAGAAUCAGGCCACCAUGGAAGAGGCUCAGCAGAAAGAGGAGGAAUUCAAGGCCAUGCUGGAGCAGCUCAAGAAACAGCAAGAGGAAGCUCAGACCGCUGCCAUGGCAACAUCAGCAGGCACAGUGUCAGAGGAUGCAGUAGAAGAUGAUGGAGGGGGGCGGCUGUCAUGCAGCUCGUCUGAGAUGUCGAAGCUCAGUUCUAAAAGCGCCAAAGAGCGACGCAACCGCAAGAAGAAAUGGAGGCAGAAAGAGCAGGAGAAGGAGAAAGGUGACAGUGAGAAAUUUGUCAAAUCGGAGUCAGAUGAUGGCAGCAAGAGGAGCCGCUUCCGUUUCCCUGAUAACCGCCUGGGCCGAAAGUCUUCCAUUAUGAACCAGUCUCUCCUCAGCAUCCCUGGCUCACCUUUCUUAUCCCGCCAUAACAGCAAGAGCAGCAUCUUCAGUUUCAAGGGCCGCAGUAAGGACGUGGGCUCCGAGAACGAGUUUGCCGAUGAUGAGCACAGUACAGUAGAGGAGUGCGAGGAGCGUCGCGGUUCUCUGUUCAGCCCUUACCGGCGGAGCAGCUACAGCGGCUUCCACGGGAAAAGGAACAGCACUGUGGAUUGCAAUGGCGUGGUGUCACUCAUCGGCCCUGGGCCCGGUGGACGCCUUCUGCCUGAGGUGAAAAUAGAUAAGGCAGCUUCUGACGACAGUCCGACUACUGAGGUUGAGGUGAAGAAGAAGCUGUCGGGCUCCCUGAUGGUGUCUGUGGACCAGCUCAAUACCUCCUUUGGGCGGAAAGAGCGGGCCAACAGUGUCAUGAGCGUCAUUACCAACACACUAGUGGAGGAACUGGAGGAGUCUCAGCGCAAGUGUCCACCAUGCUGGUAUAAAUUUUCUAACACAUUCCUGAUCUGGGAGUGCUGCCCCGUGUGGCUGAAGAUCAAGGAGAUAAUGAACCUCAUAGUCUUUGACCCCUUCGUUGACUUAGCCAUCACCAUCUGUAUUGUGCUCAACACCCUCUUCAUGGCCAUGGAGCACUACCCCAUGACACCGGACUUUGAGGACAUGCUGUCUGUAGGCAAUUUGGUUUUCACAGGCAUCUUUGCAGUGGAGAUGUUCUUCAAGCUGGUGGCCAUGGAUCCAUACUAUUACUUCCAGGAGGGUUGGAACUGCUUUGAUGGUUUCAUUGUGACACUGAGUUUAGUGGAGCUGGCUCUGGCUGAUGUUGAGGGCUUGUCUGUGCUACGGUCAUUCCGAUUGCUGCGAGUGUUCAAACUUGCCAAAUCAUGGCCCACACUCAACAUGUUGAUCAAGAUCAUUGGAAACUCAGUGGGAGCUCUGGGGAACCUGACUCUAGUGUUGGCCAUCAUUGUCUUCAUCUUUGCUGUGGUGGGCAUGCAGCUGUUCGGCAAAAGCUACAAAGAUUGUGUGUGCAAGAUCGCUACUGACUGUGAGCUGCCACGCUGGCACAUGAACGACUUCUUCCAUUCUUUCUUGAUCGUCUUCCGUGUGUUAUGUGGUGAGUGGAUUGAGACCAUGUGGGACUGCAUGGAGGUGGCAGGCCAGGCCAUGUGCCUCAUUGUCUUCAUGAUGGUCAUGGUCAUCGGUAACUUGGUGUGUUGAAAUCUGUUCCUUGCCUUGCUGCUGAGCUCUUUCAGUGCCGACAACUUGGCUGCAACAGAUGACGAUGGUGAGCCCAACAAUCUGCAGAUUUCUGUCAUGCGCAUUAAGAAAGGUAUUGCCUGGAUAAAAGCGAAGAUGAGGCUUCUGGUGGCGAGUCUACUCAGGAAACCCCCGAUGGAGGACGAGCAGAAGCCUUUGGAUGACAUGUAUGAUAAGAAGCUCAACUGUAUUGCUAACCACGCCGACAUCAACCGUGACUUGGAUUAUGCCAAGAAUGGCAAUGGCACCACCAGUGGCAUCGGUAGCAGCGUUGGCAAGUAUAUGAUCGAUGAGGACCAUAUGUCAUUCAUCCACAACCCAAAUCUGACUGUGUGCGUGCCGAUAGCUGUGGGAGAGUCUGAUUUUGAGAACCUCAACACAGAGGAUUUCAGCAGUGAGUCAGACAACGAGAACAGCAAAGAGCUGGAUGAUACGAGUUCAUCAGAGGGUAGUACCAUUGACAUCAAGCCAGAUGUGGAAGAAGUGGUGGUGGUGGAGACAGUGGAGGAAUACAUGGAACCCGAGCCAUGUUGGACAGAUGCUUGUGUAGCCAAAUAUAAGUGCUGUGAUGUUGACAUCACUAUCGGUUGGGGAAAAAGCUGGUGGUACCUGAGAAAAACCUGCUACCUGAUUGUGGAGCACAACUGGUUUGAAACCCUGAUCAUCUUCAUGAUCCUCCUCAGUAGUGGUGCCCUGGCCUUUGAGGAUGUCUACAUUGAGCAGAGGAAGACCAUUCGUAUAAUUCUGGAGUAUGCCGACAGGGUGUUCACCUACAUCUUCAUCCUGGAGAUGUUGCUGAAAUGGGUUGCUUAUGGAUUUGUCAAAUAUUUCACCAAUGCCUGGUGUUGGCUUGACUUCUUCAUUGUGGAUGUGUCUAUAGUCAGCCUUGUAGCUAAUGCGCUGGGCUACUCCGAUCUAGGGCCCAUUAAAUCACUCAGGACACUAAGGGCCUUGAGACCCCUCAGAGCCUUGUCACGUUUUGAAGGGAUGAGGGUUGUAGUCAACGCCUUGGUGGGUGCCAUCCCUUCCAUUAUGAAUGUGUUGCUGGUUUGCCUCAUCUUUUGGCUGAUUUUCAGUAUCAUGGGGGUCAACCUGUUUGCGGGCAAGUAUUACUACUGCUUCAACCAGACAUCGGAGGAAUACUUUCCUGUCGACGAGGUCAACAACAAGACACAGUGUGAGGCCCUCAUUAAUCAAAACUUUACUGAGGUCAGGUGGAAGAAUGUCAAGAUCAACUUUGACAAUGUGGGUGCUGGCUACCUGGCUUUGCUGCAAGUGGCCACAUUCAAAGGCUGGAUGGAUAUUAUGUAUGCAGCGGUGGAUUCAAGAGAGGUGGAAGACCAGCCUGAUUAUGAAGUCAAUAUCUACAUGUACAUCUACUUUGUUGUUUUCAUCAUAUUUGGCUCCUUUUUCACCCUCAACCUCUUCAUUGGUGUCAUCAUCGACAACUUCAACCAACAGAAGAAAAAGUUUGGAGGUCAGGAUAUCUUCAUGACAGAGGAACAAAAGAAAUACUAUAAUGCAAUGAAAAAGCUGGGUUCUAAAAAGCCUCAAAAACCUAUCCCACGGCCACAGAACAAGAUCCAAGGCAUGGUGUUUGACUUUGUGACACAGCAAGUCUUUGACAUCUCCAUUAUGAUACUCAUCUGCCUCAACAUGGUCACCAUGAUGGUGGAAACAGAUGACCAGUCAGAUGAAACUGAAAAUGUCCUAUACUGGGUCAACUUUAUUUUUAUUGUGGUCUUCACUACGGAGUUCUUGCUCAAGCUCUUUGCCCUACGCCAUUACUACUUCACCAAUGGCUGGAACAUCUUUGAUGUUGUGGUUGUCAUCCUCUCUAUUGUUGGGAUGUUCCUGGCUGACCUCAUUGAGAAAUACUUUGUGUCACCAACCCUGUUCAGGGUAAUCAGGUUGGCUCGUAUUGGCCGCAUCCUCCGUCUGAUCAAAGGAGCUAAGGGCAUCCGGACUUUACUUUUUGCUCUGAUGAUGUCACUGCCGGCCCUCUUCAAUAUUGGCCUACUUUUGUUUCUUGUCAUGUUCAUUUUCUCGAUCUUUGGCAUGUCCAACUUCGGCUAUGUCAAACAUGGAGCAGGGAUCGAUGACCUGUAUAACUUUGAGACCUUUGGUAACAGCAUGAUCAUCCUGUUCAUGAUCACCACUUCGGCUGGCUGGGAUGGUCUGCUGCUUCCUAUUCUCAACUAUCCCCCAGAUUGUAAUCCCGCCUUGGAGAAUCCUGGCACGACAGUGAAAGGUGACUGUGGUAACCCUUCAGUGGGAAUCUUCUUUUUUGUAAUGUAUAUCAUAAUUUCCUUUCUGAUUGUGGUCAACAUGUAUAUUGCCAUCAUCCUGGAGAAUUUCAGUGUGGCUACAGAAGAAAGUGCUGACCCACUCAGCGAAGAUGAUUUUGAGACCUUCUAUGAGAUCUGGGAGAAGUUUGACCCUACGGCCUCACAGUUCAUUACUUUUGCCAAACUAUCUGACUUUGCUGAUGCACUGGAACAUCCACUUCGUGUGCCGAAGCCCAACACUAUAGAACUUAUUGCUAUGGACAUGCCCAUGGUGAGUGGUGAUCGUAUUCACUGCCUGGACAUCCUGUUUGCGUUCACAAAGCGUGUCCUUGGUGAUAGUGGAGAGUUGGACAUGCUGAGACAGCAGAUGGAGGAACGCUUUGUGGCAGCCAAUCCCUCUAAGGUGUCAUAUGAACCUAUCACCACAACUCUCCGUCGCAAACAGGAAGAUGUCUCUGCCAGAAUUAUUCAGAAUGCUUACCGUGCCCACCUCAUCAGGCGCGGCAUCAUCUUCAAGCGUCAUAUUUUCACUAACAAUAAGCUUGAAAAUGGUGGGACCAACCAAGAGAAGAAGGAGAGCACACCGUCCACAGCUUCUCUCCCCUCUUAUGACAGUGUGACCAAACCUGACAAGGAGAAGCAGGAUGAAAACGAAGAGAAGUGGGGCAGGAAAGAGAAGGACAAAAACCAAAAAGAUGAGUGGGAAUCCAAGUGUUAGGUUUCAGUGACUGAUGUGACAACUAGAUGAGACUCAGAGCCUUUUCCCAAGCGCUCAUUUGCAAGUUCAAAACAAAACAAGAAAAUUGUUCAGCAAAAUGUUUACAGACUCAGAUAGUACUGAAGAAAUGUGCUUUCUUAAGUAUGUCGUCAGAGACAGCUGAACCAAACACAAUCAGUUCACUGAGGAAUGCGGUUGCAUAGUGACUAAGAU